GAGCAACCCAAGAUCGAGGACAGCAUCGACGAGAACGGUGUUAGAACGACGGUUGAAUACGCAGUGAAUGAUGAUGGGAAGAAAGUGAAGAUCACACGGCGGAUCAAGCGCACACUUCAAAAAUCGCUCGUCGAGCACGCAGUCGCAGAGCGCAAGACGUGGGCCAAAUUCGGGAUUGAGAAAGGAAACAAGCCAGGGCCUGACCGUGCGACGACGACAGUGGGGGAGAACGUUACGCUGAAGCUCAGCGCCGGAAACAAAUCCACUGAGCCGGAACCUUCCGCAGAGCAGACAAUGAAGGCGACUCUGGCCAAGUCUGGCGCUGGAAAGGUCGUCUGUCGACUGUGUAAGGGUGAUCACUUCACCGCCAAGUGCCCCUACAAAGAUACCCUCGCUGGUCUAGAUGGUACGGAAACACCCCCGAUGGCCAACGAUGACGACGGCGACACCCCCGCUCCUUCUGGCGCAGCAGCUUCCGCGCCCUCCGCAGGUGGCCCGAGUAAAUACGUCCCACCAUCCAUGCGCAACCGCGGGCCAGGCGAGUCUAUGGGGCGCCCUGGCGGCUCGCGCGACGACCUGCCCACGCUGCGCGUUACCAAUAUCUCCGAAGAUACCCAGGAGAACGACCUGCGGGACCUCUUCGGCACGUUUGGCCGCGUCGCGCGGGUUUACGUCGGGCGGGACCGCGAGACUGGUAUCGGGAAGGGCUUCGCGUUCAUCAGCUUUGAGGACAAGUCGACAGCGCAGAAGGCUAUGGACAAGAUGCACGGACGCGGGUACGACAGCUUGAUUUUGAACGUCCAGUGGUCUCGUACGUGUCUUCCGUUCGAGAAAUUAAGACGCCAUCUCUCUAAUCUUCCAUUUUAUGGCAUGCAGAACCAAGGGAGCAGAGAUAGAUGUGCAGCGCAUAGCGCUACGUUCGUUCUUAUUCUUUUCUGUGUAUUGCAACAGGUCUCAAUCAUGUGGUUGUCGGAUUGA